AUGAUUCAUACAUCUUAUUGUUUAUUUUUUUUGAUAACAUACAGUAAUUUUUUAAAGCUUAAAAUAUUUUAUCCCAAAAUUAUGAAAAAAAAUAAGAAAGAAAUAACGACUAACGUAAAUAUAAAUAAAGACACAAUAUUACAUUUUAAUAGUAAAAUAGAAGGUAAAAAGAUUAAAAAAAGAAAAUUUGAUGACGAAAAAACAGAAAAAAAGAUAUCUAAAUCAGAUAGUUUAGCAGAUGAAGCUUCUUGUAAUAUUAAGAAAAAUAAACAUACAAAAAAGGUUGUAAAUAAUAAUUUAACAGAAUAUACACCAUAUGAUAAAAAUAUUAUUAUUGUUAGUAACCUGUCCUUUAAGGAAACAGAAAAUUCUAUUAAAGAAUGUUUUAAAAAAUAUGGUGCAAUAGAAAGAGUUCAAUUAACAUAUUCAAAAGAUAAAAAAUUUAUUGGUAAAGCAAUAAUUAUCUUUAAACAUCCUGUUUUUAUUAAUGAAGAUAUAAAAUUAAAUUAUAAAAUUUUACGAAUUGAAAGAAUGAAAAAUAAGACUGUAAAUGAUAAACGCAUAUUCAUUUCAAGAUUAAAUAAGAAUUUAACUAUAUUACAACUUAGAAAUAUACUUAAAAAAUUUAAUAUUAAACCUAAAGAUAUAAGAAUGAGAUUUGAAAUAGAAACAAAAAGGAAUAUUGGAUAUUGUCAUGUUACAUAUUCAAGUGCUCUUGAGGCAAAGGCCUUUGAGAAAAAGUGGAAUUUAUUUAAACACGAUUUAGGGGUUGAAACCUUUUAUGAAUAUGCACAAGAAAAAGUUAGUAAACAUAAAAAAAAUAAAGCAUUAUAG